AGACAACUGGUAUUGGACAUUGUAUACACCACGCACUUGUUUAAAACGUCGGCUGGGUUUUUGCUAAUGAUGGAUUCCGAUAUACCAGGUAAGCUUUAUUUGAAUAAUUUCGUAGGUUUAUUUAUACCGUUGCUUUCUCACUGACUUACACCAAUGUAUUUAUAGAUUGAUGGUUUCCCAUACACAUCCGUACCAAGUUCUGUGUUGAUGAUAGCUGAAUGAGUUUAUUGAUUUUUGUAAGUAUUACUAGUUUAAAAAUAAUUUUUAUCCAUUCGUCACGUUUCAAGCGUAAUAAUCUUAUUUGUUUAGAUAUGAUUGAUUAGAAGCUAGACAACACUUGUUUUUUAUUUUCACUUAUCACCAAGUUCAAUUCAUACACUGGGUAUUUCAUCUCUAAUUAUCUGGAACCAGGAUUUCCUCACCACUAAAUACGAUGGUCGAGGUUUUAACCUCUCAGAAAUGUUGUGUCCUUCACUCGUUUUUUUGAUCAAUCGCUAUUCAAGUCGUUAUUUUAUUCUAAUAUUUUCCGUCUUGUUGACUUUUUGUCAUGUUGAUAUAAAGUUUCAAGUUUGGUAUAAACAAAUUUGUAGCACUUCUAGGGGUGUUGACGGGUUUAAUUGUAGAUGACUUGACUACAGAUAUUUGUAUGUUCAACUUCAUACUCUUUCACGACAGAAAUAUAGACAUGUAAAUCUUAGUACUUCUAAAGGUUGUAGUUUAUAGCAACGUAACAGUGUAGCUGUACUUUGACUAAAUUUGUCACUUAAACACUUCAUAUUCUCCAAUUUAAUGUGUAAAAGUUUUACCUACCCGAUUGUUGAUAUUUUUGCUUGAACGUAUAUCUAGGAGACGGGUCCUGAAUAAAAAAAAACGCGCUUUCUGGAUUUUACUGCUAGACACAUUCCAUCUAUUCUAUAGGAACUUGUUCCUGUUUUAUUCGUCUAGUUUGUUCCGUAAUAUUGCUUAUCUUAAUUCUUCUAACUUUAUGCUUUUCUUUUUAGAUUUCAAAGUUAAGCAAACUGCUGUUGAGGAUACAUAUCAACGAAUGCGAAAACUAUGUGAGAAUUACAAAUUGUUCUUGAAACCGGAUAAUAAUGGCAAUGAGUUGGAUGAACUAUAUUCAACUAGCCUGAAUUUAAGUUAUAUCCGAGAUGAUUAUGAUACCAUAAAACGUGAAUUAUCAGUCAUUAAAGCUAAUCGUCAAAUCGCUCGAAACGCACUUUUAGCUGCCGGGUUUCAAUGUCCCGAUGAUCCACCAACAUAGUUUCUCUUAAUCAUCUAUCUACACCGUGAGUACCAGAACUCAAACUUUGGCAUCACCAUAAAGUGUGUAAUUCUUUUUCGCUUUACUGAAAAUUGACUUCUAGUUUAGUCUAUUAUAUACUUACAUUACUCCAAUCUAAUCAUAGUUUUAUUUGUUAACUAUCUCAUUGUUAGGGAAAAUCGUAAUUUACAAUUUAUUUGCUUUUUUAAAUUAUUUAUUUGUCCCUCUCUUUUGUAGCGUUUGAUCUGUUUCAAUUUAAUAUUUCUAACACUGUAAAUAGUAUGAAUAUGUUCACUUGAAGUUGCCUGAAAUAGCUUUUCUUGCAUUCUCAUAGAAACAUGUGUAUAUAUUGGCUUUUGUUCAUGAAUUACUAUUAUUAUUACUACCUCUUCACAUGUGUUUCCACGGUCAUAAAUUGCUUCAAUGAGAAAUUGUUUUUUUUGUGUUGUUCUUUGUGUUUACUGCUGUUCAAUAAUUUUUGGUGGAUCAUAUCUUUCAUCUGUUAUGGGAUAGCAGAAUAAUGGCCAGCAAAAUUACUGGAAUGUCUAAAUAACUAAGUUGUAAACUAUAGGUAAUUCAGUAAGGUUACAAGUUAAAAUACAAAUAAAAUUCAUUUUUGAGGAUAUCCUUAUUUUGGUAUGUAACAAAUAUAGUUGAUAAAGUUUACCUGUAAUUAACUGGUAAGAGAAUAAGUGUAGAGUUGAAACUUUUGUCUUGUUUCAAGUUGUAUCAUAGAUAUUAGCUUAUAACUCAGCAUGAGCCCCGAAAUGCCCUGGUAUGGCCGAGAGUGGGAAGAGUCCGCUCACCCUCUCGAAAUGCUCUCACAUGG